AUGUCGGAACAAUUCCCCAUCCAGCCUAUUGGGCGUUUCUACGCCGCAAGCCAGCCAGUCAAACGGCCAAAGGAGUUUGCUUGCUUCUCAUAUGACGAUAACCAUGAUUUCCACCUGGACGACUCCUCGUUGAGAUACUACUACCCACCAACCCUCGGCGCCGACUUGUCCCAAGGUUACGAUACCUUCAUCAAGCACGACGACUCGACACCCGAGCACCUCGGAGCACUUCUCAAGACCAUCAAGGCCCAUGAGGAGGAGACGGGGCAAAAGAUUGACGCCCAAAUCGUGACCUGGCGUGGUAUGAUGACCAAGAUCAUGGCGUCGCCAUUUGAGGAUCGUGACGGCAUAGCUAGCUUUGAAAUGAACGCAACGCUGUACCAAGUGCGCAUGAACAAACUCCCAUACAUAGAAGAGAAUCACGAGUACAAGGUGGCGUCUCAGAAGCAGCAGAACGCGCAGCAGAGAAGGGGACCCAUCCUGCCCGAAGUGAUGCAAUUCUGGGGUAUACAUCAGAGCCGAGCCUCUGUUAAGCAAGGGAACAUACUAACAGGAAGAACAGGAUACAAGUUCGAGACGUUGGCCACGCUUCCUGACACCUGGGGUGAAACGCCUAGGGAGUAUAUCGAGAACAGAGAUGCCGAAGUUGUGAACAACAAGGCCCAGUAUUGCUCCGUAGUCAGGACGGGCAUAGGACAAACAGUCAUAUGCAUAGGCGGCGAAGUCGACGCUGUCUGGGACUCCAAACCUCAAAAACAGGGCGCUCCCACAAACUGGGUCGAACUAAAGACCAGCCUCGCCAUCCGCGACGAUCGCGACGUCGACAACUUCCACCGCAAGCUCAUGAAGUUCUGGAUCCAGUCGUUCCUCCUCGGCGUGCCAAAAAUCAUCGUCGGCUUCCGCAACCGCCAGGGCAUCCUCACUGACGUCGAGGAGAUUGAGACGGAGAAGAUCCCCGAUACGGUGCAGCGCCGCGGGAAGGCGACGUGGAACGGCGAUAUGUGCGUCAACUUCGCCGCCGAGUUUCUUGUUUGGCUUCGACAGACAAUCAACGACGACGGCGUGUGGAGGAUCCGCAGACGGGGGGGCGAGCCCACCGUUGAAGUCUUCAAAAUCGACGAGGCAGGGCAUGGCGAGCUCUUGACGGAUGAUUUCAUCAACUGGAGAAUAAAGCUCUCUAUGAAGAACGUACCACUCGAGCCAUAG